CAAAAAUCUGUUGUCGUAAACUAUAAAUCGUAUUUUGUGAAAAAAUAAAUGUGUAUUGUAGUAUAGAAUCGUAUAAGAUUUGUUAUUUUAUAAAGCAAUUUAAAUUAAUUUGUGCUCCCUAGUUAAAUUUGUGGUUUCAAAAAUGUACAUGAUCUUUCUUUAAUGAAAUUACCUCAUAAAUGAAAACUGUUUAGUAAAUCUUACAAUAUGUGGUCAUUUUUCUCUCGGGAUCCUACAAAAGACUUCCCUUAUGAGGUAGGAGAUCCUGUACCUGGUCUUGAAGACAAAAGUGUUUGGAUCCUGCACAAAGGAAAGAAGAGAGGAACACAAGAUGAAGUAUCAAUAUUCUUAUUUGAUGUCCAAAAACAUUCUGAAACUCUGUUUGAUAUUGCAAAAGCUUCCUUGAAACGUCUAAAGACUAUAAGGCACCCAAGCUUGUUACAUUAUUUAGAUAGUUGUGAAACUGAAAAAUUUUUAUAUGUUGCAACAGAGUAUGUAAAACCAUUAGCUAAGCAUAUAGAUGAUAUGAAAUUGGAGGGACAACAACGUGAAUUAUUUCUGGCCUGGGGUAUAUUUCAAAUUACUAGGGCCUUAUCAUUUUUCAACAAUGAUGGCAAUAUGAAACAUAACAAUGUUUGUUUAUAUUCAAUCUUUGUGACUGCUGCGGAGGAAUGGAAACUAGGAGGUUUUGAAUUUAUAACGAGCCAUGGACAGGAAGGUGCUAAUAUCAUCCCAAUAAAAAUUAUACCUUCUCUUGAAAUCUAUGAUCCACCUGAGAAAAAAGACCCAACCAAACUAAAGUCUGUAACAAAGUGUUCAACAGAUAUGUGGGGGUUAGGCUGCCUCAUUUGGGAAGCAUAUAAUGGACCACUUAAAAAUCAACCUUCUCUAAAAACUGUGGACAAAAUACCAAAGCAACUGUGCACUUUAUACUGUGAGUUAGUUAGUGCUAAUCCAGCUUCAAGACCAAAUCCAGCUGAUAUUAUUACAAGAUGUCGUAAAUUGGGUGGUUUCUUUAAAAAUGACCUUAUAGAUACAAUGUUAUUCUUAGAAGAGAUACAAAUCAAAGACAAGGCUGAAAAGGGGAAGUUUUUCUCAACCUUAAGCAGUCAUUUAGACAAUUUUCCAGAGGCUGUGUGUAUUCAUAAGAUAUUGCCUCAGUUGAUGACUUCCUUCCAUUAUGGGGAUUCUGGAUCAGCCGUUUUGGCACCUAUGUUUAAGUUGGGUAAAUUACUAGAGGAUGCUGAGUAUCAGAAGCAAAUAGUGCCAUGUGUUGUUAAGUUGUUUGCCUCAAAUGACAGAACUACCAGAUCUAGGCUACUUCAACAACUUGAUCAAUUUAUUUUGCACCUACAGAAUUCUACCGUAAACGACCAAAUCUUUCCACAAGUGAUGCAUGGAUUUUUGGACACAAAUGCCGUAAUCCGCGAACAGACUGUAAAAUCUAUAGUACAUCUUGCACCGAAAUUGAACUAUAAUAAUUUGAAUGUUGAAGUCCUGAGACACUUUGCAAGGCUUCAAUCCAAAGACGAUCAAGGCGGUAUAAGAACGAACACAACAGUAUGCCUAGGGAAAAUAGCGGCCCACCUUCAUCCGCAAAUACGUCAGAAGGUGCUCGUGUCCGCGUUCGUACGUGCUACGCGCGACUCGUUCCCGCCUGCACGACAAGCGGGCGUACUAGCGUUGGCCGCCACGCAACAGUACUUUUUACUAUCCGAAGUCGCUAAUCGAGUGUUGCCAGCAUUAUGUCCGCUUACGGCCGAUCCGGAGAAACAGGUCCGAGAUGCAGCCUUUAGAACUAUCAAAGGCUUUUUGGGUAAACUGGAGAAAGUUUCGGAAGAUCCCAGUUUGAAAGAAGGAAUGGAGGCGGACGUAAACACGGCGACACCAAGUCUCAGUAACGCGGCGGCCACGUGGGCCGGGUGGGCGGUGACCGCAGUGACAGCCAAAUUCUACCGAUCUCACUCUGAUACAGCUAAAGUCCAGCAUCCUGUUAAAUCUACACUAUCUAAGCCGGGUUCGCUAGAACAACCAUCCUCUAGCAGUAUGUCAACGACGACGUCAUCGGUGACAUCGAUGACGUCACUGGAGCACAGCGAGUCUGCGUCCGACUAUGACCCAGAACACUGGGACAUGACGGCCUGGGGCGAGAUCGACUCCAGCGCAGCCACAACGGGUGGUAGUGGUAAGUCAGGCGCCAGCAGUACAGGCGGAGGUGGCCUAGCUGCCCUCUGUGAGGACGAAUGGGACAAUGAAGAGUGGGGACAGAUACAGGAACAUCCAGCAGCUGAAGCAGAAUUAGCAAGUCCAUCAGAGACGUGGAAUAACUCGGAAUGGACUCAACCGAUGCAAAGUGCGAACGCAACGUUCGUACGCAAUACAUCGCGACUCGAACAUAAGCCGACAGCGCAUCAGAACAGCAAUGACUCACUUGGCGGUUGGGAAGAUAGCGAGUUUGAGCCUAUCGAAGAAAAUGUUGAUGAAAACAACGCAUCAAAAAUGGAUGAGAUGCGUCGCAAACGUGAAGAAAGGAAAGUGCAACGUCAACGGGAAAUGGAAGCCCGACGUAACGCGAGAGGACAAGGGCCGAUGAAACUUGGGACCAAAUUGUCUGCGCCUGCGCAGUUCUAGGUGCCGGCCUUGACUGAAACGUGAACUAUGGGUAAAAAGUGGUAUUAUCAGCAAUUCUGGCGACUAUGAGAUCUGUGUAUGUAACUCAUUUAAAAUACAUCAAAUUAUGUAAUACAAAACCAGCUCAAAUUAUGUGCAAAACUAAGAUUCUUCUGAUUUUUAUUGAAUUUUUAACAAUUUAGACAUGAUACAGCUAAAAAGUAAUUAAGUGUGCAAUCGUAUUACAGAUAUAUUAAUGACAAGCGAUGUCAAACUUGUUUUCUAUUUUAACUUUGACAAUUUUGACUGUGCUCAAGAAUCAAAGACAAAAAAUACGGGUCUAAAACUUUCGGAAAUUUGUGAAUUUAAAACGACCUUGUGCCAUGCCAUGUAAACAUUUUUUGUGUAGAUUAUGAUUGAUAAUCUAUUGAAGUCUAUAUUUAUUUCACUGUCGACAAUGUUGACGAGUUUAAUAUUUUAAUGUAAGACCAUAGACAAACUCUGUGAAGCAUGAGUGUAAUAAUGACGUAAGAAUAAUCUUUUUCCAGAUUGAUUGCUUUUUUCUACAAGUAAACCACUAUACAUUAUUAUGUAUGAAGAAGGUUUAGGCAAAUAAGACGAGGCUUAGAGCUAAGUAUUAUAGUAUUCGCGCCUCAAGUCUCUUCCGUUUGUCAAACGGGGAAUGGUUUUGACAGAUAGGAUUUCUAUAUUCAAAAUAUGAUUAUUUUCUACAAUCUAUGGUCAGUAAUCGGAUUCCUUUGAAUAUCGAUCGAUCUUUUUAUUUACAUAUACUUAAUUUACAAAAAUUUGCAGUUUUAAUCAUAAUGAGACUAAUUAUUGACAAAUCGUUUUAUCGUCUUUUGAUCUUAAUCUUAUCAGUUACAUUAGUAAUAAUCUAAUCUUUCCCUUUUAUUAUCACUAAUGUUUUAUAGUAUUCAAUUAACUAUUAUCUACAUUUAUAUAUUUAUAAUUAAAUGUGAAUAUAAGAAUUUAGUUAUAUAUCUAGUAUACGGAAGAGUUAAGCUUUUUGGAAGUAACCAUAAAAGCAAGAAUUAAACAAAAUUAUUCCGUAUUUUUUUAAUGAUCCCUAAUAGAAACCAAUUAAGGGAGCGUUCAAGUAAAACGAAUCUAGUAAAACGUUACGUUGCGUUACAGGGGCAUGAGGGGGUGUA